GAGUUGCGGUUGCGGAGUGAGGUAUAGAGGUAUAGAGGUAUAGAGAGGAUUGGGGUUAGGGUUUGAUAGUUUUGAUCCAUUUUCCGGACGCAAUGGCUGGCACCGGCAUCCACCCAUACCACCAGCAAUGGCCUCCGGCAGCCGCGGCGCCUCCUCCUCCGCCUCCACCCGCCGCCGCUCCUCCUCCCCACGCCGGCGAAGAGGUUCGAACCAUAUUCAUAACUGGCCUCCCCGAAGACGUGAAAGAGAGAGAACUGCAGAAUCUGCUGAGAUGGUUGCCAGGUUUCGAAGCUUCUCAGCUGAAUUUCAAAGCCGAAAAGCCAAUGGGUUUCGCUCUCUUCACCGCUCCACACCAAGCUCUCGCCGCCAAAGACAUUCUUCAGGACAUGCUCUUCGAUCCCGACACCAAGUCCGUUCUUCACACCGAGAUGGCCAAGAAGAAUCUCUUCGUCAAACGAGGAAUAGGAGCUGAUGCGGGUGCUUUUGAUCAAAGUAAACGCUUGAGGACAGCCGGGGAUUAUACACACACUGCUUAUACAACUCCAUCUCCUUUUCAUCCUCCCCCGCCACCUGUCUGGGGACCACAUGGAUACAUGGCUCCACCUCCUCCUCCUCCGUAUGAUCCAUAUGCAGGCUAUCCUGUUGCACCUGUACCAAUGCCUACUCCUGCUCCCAUAGCAGCACCCAGCAGUUAUGUUCCAGUUCAGAACACAAAAGAUAAUCCUCCUUGCAACACCUUAUUCAUUGGAAACUUGGGAGAGAACAUAAAUGAGGAAGAAGUGAGGGGCCUUUUCAGUGUACAACCUGGUUUUAAGCAAAUGAAAAUUUUAAGGCAGGAGAGGCAUACAGUUUGCUUCAUUGAGUUUGAAGAUGUUAAUAGUGCAACCAAUGUGCACCAUAAUCUGCAGGGUGCUGUUAUCCCAAGUUCUGGUUCUGUUGGCAUGCGGAUACAAUAUUCAAAAAAUCCAUUCGGAAAAAGGAAAGAUAAUCUUCCUAUUGCUGUUCCUAGUGCAAAUGGAGCUCCACCAACAAUGACUUAUCAGUAGCUUGAAGGGGAUGUACUCUGUUCUUUUAUGCUCCGACAAUAUUACUACAUAAUAGGAUGCAUCUUGCAGCUGUCACAUGCAUCCAUUGAUCAUCAAGUCAUCGCCAUUAGCAUCCUUGCUCAUGUGAAUGAAUGCACAGUGGCAUCAUAUACAUACAUUUGGCUAUGUUAUACUAAUCGGAAAUGCAUUUCUUGGCAGCAUGUGUUGGUUUCCAAAUUACUUUCAUAGUUGUUUAGAUGAUGUUAUCACCUGUAGAAUUAAUGCAUGAGUCUAAAUUUUGUUUGAAGUGUGUGCUUUAUGGUCAUAUAUACUUUCUGUGUACAUUGGCAUUAGGAAUGCUUAUUCAAUCAGGCUUUGGCUUCUAUUUUCCAACUUUAGGUUCAUUUGGUGCUUAUUUGACAUGACAUCUUAUGGUGAUGCUUACUUUGAUUUCAUGGCACGACUUGGCUAGGGUAUGGAGAAAUAAGGAUGUCAUACCAAUGAUCAUCCUUUCUAUAAUCAUUACCAUUGUCAUAUUACACCAUAUUUUGUUGUUUUUACCAUUGAAUCCGUCAUACAUGACUCCAUUUGAUCAGAGCAUUGAUGUUGAUGCUUUGAAAUUCAAGCUAUUCAGGGCUAUUUAAAGGGAAUCCCGGGAGUUAUAUGUUGUCUGAUUUAUACAGGAUUUGAAACCUACAAAGCAGACUUUGAUAAUGGAGAUCCAUUACUGCUGCUGCCAUAUCGUUGCAGGUAAUUUUGUUUGCUUGGGUGAACCAUCAAAUUAGGUUGGAACUUCUGUCUAUUAUCAAGUGAAGCUGCCUUUGAGUUAUAGGAAUGUUGAGUUUCUCAUUUAACAGCUGACUGACUAUUUUGUCAGCGACAUGCUAAUUCUGUGCUAGUUUUCAAAAUAUACUAUUUGUAGCAAAACUUUUGCUUGUGUAACAGAAGUAACUGAUAGGUUAAGAAUAAAAACCCAAAAAGAGUAAUGUUGUUGGAAUCCUUAUUCUGCUGAGCUGCAACUUUUGGAUUUCGCCUGAAAGCUCAUACGACUAUAUCAAUUCACAAUUUUUGCCAUGGAAAUUGCAACUUAGCUUGUUUUUGGGCAUCAUACGAGAGAGGUCAACUGUUGUACUUAAUCAAUUCUGCCAAACAUCGAUGUAGUGUCGGAUUCUUGUUUUAUAACUUAAGCUACCAAUUUGGGUUUGUUUGAUGGGAAUUUUGCCGCUGACUAUAUUUUCAGCUGCUUUAUUAAUUUUAUCCAAGUCUUUUUGCUGUA